AUGCAAGAAGCUAUAUCAUCCUGGAGGGAUGAAAGUGGGUAUCUUUAUGAUGACGAUAACCAGGAUUCCUUUAACCUUGUUGUAGCCAAUGGUAAGGAGGAGAGCGUUAAUGCUGCAAAAAACAGCCCAGGAAAGCGCUCAGAAGUAGCUUUCCUCAUGGAUAAACUUGUUUCUGAACAGCAAAAAGUACAGGGAUUGGAGGAACAGCUCUCAUUCCUGAGGAAAGAGCUAGAAGAAGCACGAUUUGGGUCUCAUGGUAUUUCUCGCGAUAUGACGUUCAAUUCUUCCCAAUCUAUUUUUUCCGUGCAUAAUAAUACCAAGAAUUCCAUUUCACAAGAUGCAUAUAUAAACGAUCGCAGCUCCCGUAAUUCAUCAGCAGUACCAGUGGUACCACCAAUAUGGACAUCAGGAGAAUCAGAAGUGUUAAGAACGGUUUCAUUACCUCAGUUACUUUCUAAACGAAAUGAACUUCUUUCUUCUUUGCAUAUUCUUUCGGAUGUUAUUACACGGAAACGGUUAAGUUCUCUUAACAUAGGUGGUGUAAUGAAUAGUGUGUCUCGAGAGAAUGAAGCUGCAAUUCAAGCUUCUAUGCAUCGUUUACUUGGAGAGGCAUUUUAUGUAAACUCUGUGAAUGAUAUAAAAGAGCUACUUUCUGUUGCGUCAGGUGCAAGUGGACGAGAAAUGGAAGUUUUUGAUUCUUCUCUAAAAGUUAUUGCUAGUCUAACUGAAGACGAAGAUAUACUGGAUUCGUACGAAAAUGUGCAAGAAUUUAUACUACACCCAUCCUCUCGUUUCACACCUGAGUGGCGUGGUCAAUAUGCGUGGUCGAUGAGGAGACUUCUUGUAGUCUUUGCAGUGCAUUCACGCAAAUCCCAAUUACUGGAAACACGGCGUACACAACUAGAGAGAAUCACACGACAGGAACUUGUUCAUACAGCUUUACUUCGGGCCAUGCAAGGACGUGAUGUAAUACCACCUAGUAUUCAUUGUCUCUCUCCUGAGGCGAUGACCGUUAUAAAAACAGCGAAAGGAGCAGAGACAGAAGCUGCGUUCGAUAAACAUACAGGAAAUAGUAGUAAAGCGAUUCUUCAAGAUUUGGCAUCUCCUGUACUGCGUCUGGGUCGCAACGCCACAACAUCUCGACUGGAGAAGUUGCCAUCACGUGCGCAUGCCUCACAACCACGAUCGGCGCGUAGUGCACAGUGUAGAUGGAAUCCACCACGUUCUAACAGCACCACUGCACUGAGACGCAAUGAGUCUUCGCAAGCUAUACGGCCCCCACGUGAAUCUCUUGUUUCUACAAACACACAAAGACGACGCACAGCGACGACUUUGGGACUAUCAAGUAUAUAUACACAUCCUCGUCCUCGUAAUAAUAUAUCACGUACAUCACGUGCUUCAGUGUCUACGAGAGAAAACUCACAUGGCACUACUUUUUCUCAUAUAAUGUCCUCAACUGCUAGAGCGCAUAGAGAGGCAACAGAUUCGCCAAUGAUUGGUGUACCUGUUCAGUCGUCAAUGUCUCCACGAGCCUAUUCCGCUGCACGUGCCUCACCAAUUCCGCGGCGCCGUUUGUACACGGAUCCUUAUGGGAGCUAG